AUGUUGCCUACAAUUCUCAUGAAGAGCCUUCUAGCAUUCUCGGCCUUGCUAUUGAUUCUAGCUCUAGCUGUGUUGAAUGAGCACGUCAACAUGAUGGCUGGGCCAGGCACUAUUGUUCUUUACCUAUCCGUUCUUUUUAUAUCAUGGACUUUUGUGAACUCGGUUGUUACGUUUAUGAAGCGACCGAAAAAUAUUCCACAUAUAGCGAAUAGUUUUAUUUGGGGUAAAUGGUUCAGCAUGCUGAACUAUUUAUUUCGUGCCAACACUAUUAUUAUGGAAGCUUAUAAAAAGAGCAGCCGUUCUCCGUUUGCUGUUUUUGCACUCAGAAACUAUCAAGUCCUAGUUUCAUCGCCAGAGCACAUUCUACAAGUAGCUCAGGCUCCCGAGCGAGUUCUUUCAUUCAAUCUAGCGAUUAGAGAUCGCCUGGAACACAGCGCCAUAAUGCUUGGAUUUAGGCACGACAACAAGUUCGAUCCAGAUGGAGCAGUAACUAUUCGCGCCGUUAAAGUAUUACUUCGAGAGAACAUUCCAAAACUAUCUGAGGUCAUCAGAAAAAGAAUGCAGGAAAGCUUUACAGCACUUUUAUAUACACCAUUGCAAGAAAGGGGCUCCAUUGAAGUAUCCGUCCUAGCUUUUACUAAAUCUGUGCUUGUAAAUCCCUCUAUUCAGAUAUCGUAUGGGGACGAGCUCGCAACUAAUCCAGUCUUCCAAAAGUCCGUCCUGUGUUAUUGGUGGGAUUCGGCUUACGGCUCGGCAAUUUGCGAACUACUCCCUAAGUCUAUUGCUCCAUUUAUCGGGUGGAUGUUUAUGGCAUAUAGAGGCUCGAUGCGGAAAGUAAGUAAAGAACUUGAAGCACUUGUAGAAAAACGGAUGACUGCCCACGCGAAUGGGUCUGAUGAUCAAUAUGUUGACUUGGCCCAAUUCGUCAUCGCAUCAUCUCGUACGCCCGAGCAAAAAGAUCCUCUUCGACUCCGCCAACUUCUAAUUGCAAUGACAUUCGUCUUUGCUCAUCAGCCUCCCAUGUCUCUUGCGUGGGCCAUCAUCGAAUUAGGCCAGCAUCCCGAGUACAUUGAACUACUUCGGGCAGAGAUACAUGCGGCAGAACAAGAAGGCCAUCAUGACUUCAUUAAUCAUCUCCCUUUAAUGGAAAGCGUUCUUCGUGAAUCAUCAAGGCUCCACCCUUUAGAUAGUCUUACUGUUCAGCGCAAGGCUAUACAGCCUUUUUCUUUCACGGACGGAACAUUCUUACCAACCGGAACAUUAGUGGCUGUGCCUCAACAAGCAAUUAUGAAAGAUGCAGAGUACUAUCCUAACCCGGAUCAAUUUGACCCCUUCCGUUUCCAUCCAGGCGACCCGACUAGGGAAGCAGUACAAAAAUGGACAGACGUGAAUUUACAAUAUCCAUUUUGGGGUUCACCUGCAAGGUCGUGCCCGGGUAGAUGGGUUGCUUCUCACUUGAUGAAACAAUUUCUCGUCCAAUUUUUAGAAAAUUACGAAUUUGAGCUUCUAAAUCCAAACAAUUGCGAGUCUGUAAGAUGGACCACGGCAGUUGUCCCUAAACAUGAUAUUCAUAUCUCAAUUCGGCCGCGCAAGUUGUAGAUAACGGGGUUGAUAAAUUGGUAGACAAUCUUCGUUUGGCCUGGUGAGCGUUGAUUUAAAUCGAGCACCAAGUAAAUUGAUAUCUUUCGAGGACGGGUUUUUUGUCUUGUUCGGGAUACCUGAGUUUAUUAAGUAAUAUCAAGUACAUGACCCUGCAUACACAUUUACCAGAGCGUACUGUAGAUAUUGGAUAUUGGGGGUAAACAGAUGUUGCAUUAGAAAGAAUUCUAAUAUUCAAUUUUUGAGUGGUGGAAAUCUUUAUGUACCUAAUAUAUGCCCCUCAUUGCUCCUUCCCACAGUAAGUACCUAGGUACUCGUACUUUAAAAGGCAAUGCUAUGGAAACCGAC